GCGCAGUAACGUCAUUUCCGGGAGGCAGGGCACUCACAGACAUGCUGCUGAUUCACACAGAAGUGAAACAAUAACCUCCUUUAUUUAUUAAAUAUAAACAUGUCACUGUGAUAAACUGUGGAAACUCAGCGACAGUACUUUCUGGCAGGUCAUCAUGAUCCUUACAGACUUUAAAGCCCUGAUCCAGAGGUUUUAUCACCUUCAGUCUGAGCGGGUAGAGACGUAUCAGCUCUUUGACGAAGGACAUGAGGCCUACUUGAGGACAGGACCCCAUUAUGACUUCGACCACUACAAGCAGCUGGUCCAUGAGAUAACACAGGCCUUCUGCGGCAUCUCCAAGGAAGUGCUGGAGAUCAAGGAGAGGCUGCACAACGAGUUUGACAGGCCGGCACUUUCUGAGCACAUUGAAAAGCUGCAGAGCAAAGAGAAGCAGAAACUUGAACUAACAGCCAAGCUGCAGCUGGCCAGGCAGCGGGCCCAGGAUCACCCGGAGGACGAAGGCUGUCCAGAGCAGAUUCAGGAGAUCAAGCACGAGAUCAUCAAGAACAAAGAGGCUCUGAGUGAGAUCAUGCAGGACUUUAAGUACGACUCUGAGGAGUGUGAUUGACAGGCGGCUCCCAGGAGGCGUCCAGCCGCCCUCCCGCAUCACCAGAUGGCGGAGCUGACUGAUCGGCUCUGCUGCAACUUCCAUCUUUGGACUCCUCAGCCCGCAUUUAUCGAUCGCCCCUCUGGCUCCACCCUGCUCGCUGCUGCUGCAGUCUCACUCCACCCAGGGGACUUUUCACAUCAUUCUGGCUCUGUGUGUUUCUAUCUGUGGUCAUGUGUUCGUGUUAAUGCAUGCAUCAGCAAAACAACAACAUGUAAAUAGUCUAAAGGUUAAAUAAUUCCUGGAGGUUCCAUCCCACCAUCUUUGUUUACUUGAUGAAUUGUAUUUUUAAAUAAAAAAAAGAGAACUUUU